AUAUUGGAGGGGCCCUCUAUGGGAAAUGGAUGCGACGUGCUAUCCUAACCUCAAUUGUGGUGUCGCAACUUGGGUUUGUUUCGGCUUAUACCAUCUUUGUGGCAGAGAAUCUACAGGCAUUCGUGAUGGCGGUUACGAAAUGCAAGACACUUAUCCCUGUGCCAGUCCUGAUCUUCUCUCAACUAGUCAUUUUCCUUCCACUUGCGUUGAUACGAAACUUGGCAAAACUAAGUCUUACUGCUCUCAUAGCAGACGUCUUCAUCUUGAUUGGUAUUGUAUACAUCGGAUGGAACGAAUUUACUUCUCUAGAACCGCCGUCUUCUCUUUUGAGGGUGUCGGGCUCGUCAUUCCAAUCACGGACGCGAUGCGGGAACCCCACAAGUUCCCUGCUGUUCUCACCGGAGUCAUUCUUGUUUGGAGGAGCUGGCGUGCUCUCUUACGCGGCUUAUGGUUCAGAUAUCCAGACUGUAGUCAUUAAGAACCUCCCUCAGGACCACAACCUUGCGAAUUAUGGAGAACUGGCUAUUCACAAAAAGUGGGAAAGUGAGCGUGCUAGUCAAGUGGCAGAAGAAUUUCUUCCGCUUGUGUCUAGUUAUAGCAACGUAUUUUGUCAGCUGGGAACAAAUACUAAUUCUUACUAUAGCGUUCCUCUCUGUUUUGUCUAUCCGGCAAUGCUCCAUCUCAAAGCUUGCGCACGGACGAACAGGCAAAUAAUCCUGGAUUACCUCAUGAUCGGAUUUGGAACUGCCGCUGCGUUCUAUACUACUGCACAGACAAUAAAGGUGCCCCGAAAUUCGAGAACUGUCCACAGCCUCCUUCAGGAGGUUACCUGUAGCUGA